UAUUUUGUUGUGUUACACGCUAAGAUUGUGUUUUAGGUUAUGAAUGCGUUAAAAGAUAAUUUUGUAACUUGUUAUUUGGUGUAAUAAUACAAACAGAAACUUACCGCACAAGCUAACAAUAAACAUUCCCCAUUUUCAGAGAUGGUGAUCAUUUGAUGUUCUUGGGUUUAAACAAAGAAUAGCCUAGACCUAGCAGAGAGCUACCGGUACUUAAGUUGUCAAACGAAUUCGUAAAUGGAUAAAAAGGAAUUGCUAUCUUCACCUAUUUAUAACAAGAAGCCAGCCAAGCAGGGUCGGAGAGCAGCUGGUCACGUGGACAAUGAUAUAGGAUCUCCUGAUGACCUGUUGGAUAGCUCCGUUACCUCCAGUCCUACUAGAAAUUCUAAGUUGUGGAAUGAACCAGUAGCCCCGCCGAGGUCCAGGAAGACUGGAGGAUGGGCGGACGAGACGUCGGCCAAAUCUAAAGGGUCCAGGAGAAAUUCAAACAACUUUGCAGACCAGGAUAGGCUACAAUCACCUGAAAGAAAUCAAAAACAAGACUCCGAAGAUGAAAUCCCUUUAAUCCCUGACCUGGAUGAAAUGCAAGAAGAAGAAACGCUUAAUCAAGUGGCAAGAGCUCCUUCUGUUAUUGGCACCAAAGUGGCCUCCUUCUCGGACCUUGACUCUGAUCUCACCAAAAAGUCUGUGUUUUCUACCUUGGACAAUAUUAAUCUGUCUCUCCUAACCAGUAGGCUGUGUUUGGAGGAGGAAGUACAAGAACCCAACAAUGCUUGGACGUGGGAUCUUUUGUUCACCGAGGUGGCUUCUGACUUGAGAUCAGAAUGGGAGAAGGAAGUUUACAAAGACUGAAAACUUUGUCAAAACAUCUGAAAUCCGUCCACCUAGCUGUGAUUUUAUUUUCAUACAUCACAAUUUUAUUUCUUGUUGACACUUAGCUUAGAUUUUAAACGUAAAAUUCACUUAGCCUAAGUUAUUUUAGGAAAAUAAAUGUUUAAUAUUGAA